AUGAUGGCAUCAUGGCAUAGGCACAUGGGGGGAGAGAUGUGGGAGGGGGAAGAGAAACUUCGGGGAUCCAUACCCGCGUCGAUCGGUGCCCUCGUCCACCUGUCCUACCUGGAACUGAAUGACAACUCACUCAGAGGAUCCAUUCCGGACACCAUUGGGCAGCUCACCAAUCUCUACUCUCUGGCACUCGACCACAAUGCACUCACUGCUCUUCCCAGUAACCUUGGCGAUCUCACUCGUCUGAACCAACUGAUUCUGAAUCACAACUCUCUAGCUGGCAGCAUUCCCGACUCGGUCAGCAACAUGGGACAGCUAACUCAUCUUGACUUAGCCUAUAACAUGCUCACUGGCCCCGUGGCACAGAUGUUCAAGGUUCCCACUCUCCAAGGAAUGGUCGUCUCUCACAACAACCUGACGGGGCCCGUGCCUACAUCAACGGCUGGCAUGGGCGCUCUUACGUACUUACAACUGGGAUCGAACCGUCUAACCGGCACAGUUCCAUUCAUUGUAUCUCCCAACAACCUUACAGCGCUGGACCUAUCCAACAAUGAAAUCACUGGCCACAUGCCUGCUUCUUUUUCAGGCGCCCCACAUCUUGGGUGGAUGUGA